AUAUAUAUAUACUUUAAACUUCGAUUAAUGCGCAACAUGUUUAAUGAAAAACAGUUCUGUGUAGACGCUUCAACGUUAUGGAUUUUUAAUUUACGGCCUUUUAGACACAGCGAAAAGGAUGGCAACGUCCUCCAGUGAAAUACAAGAUGACCAAGUUGAAUGGCUUUCCACUCUAAGAGACAUUGAAGAUGAAAUUUGCAUGAUAGAACAGCGCAUAGAUGCGAACGUAAAAUCUAACGACGAGUGUAAAAAAGCUUACAUAAGCUCUGUUGAAACAUGCAGGGAGGACGUUAUCGCUCGGCUUGACCAAUUAGUUGAAAAAGCAAAACAUAAAGGUAUAAGCAUUCACAAGAGUAACGACGCAAGUUUAAAACAACUUGAACAAACGUGCAAGGAAACUAAAGAUAGAAUUGAAGAACAAAAAUCUAUUAUCCGCGACUUAUCGCAGAAAAAGCAGCCACGGCAAUUAUAUGUUAUAUUGAGGAAGGAAUUACAGGGCAUGCGUACUAUCGUAAAGCAGUCAUUUUAUCAAAAUAGAGUUGUACAAUUUGCCUUUGAAGUAAAUUCUAAGGUACAUACUUUUCUGCAGAGCGAAAUCCAAGAGAUAGGCAUACUUCAAGAACUAUGCAUGGGAAGCGAUGAAGCGGUCGAGGACACACACAGUUUAUCGAACGUAAGCUCAUCGAAGUUAACAGCACCACCCCCACUUCCACCGAAACCUGUCAUUAAACAUGUUAAAACAUUGCAGAAAAACGAAGUGAAGAUGUGUGAACUCAACAACGAUGACAUUCUACUUGAUACCCACAUUUGCAAGAUACAAGGCACUUGUUUUGAAGUUUAUAAAGGCGUGCUUAAAGAAUCAAAUAGAGCCAUCGCCGUAAAAGCCUGUUUUGAAACAAUAUCGGAAGAACAAGGAAAGACGCUUGCUACAGAGGGAAAACUGUUAAUGCAAUACGACCACAAAAACAUCGUGAAGCUUAUUGGUAUUGCUGCUCAGAGAAAACCGGUUAUGCUAGUUAUGGAGCAAUUUUCAGACGGAAUUCUUCGGGAUUACCUCAUGGAAAACGGCAAGAAUAUGACAAAUAUACAGAAGGCCAACAUUUGUCUUGACGUCGCCAACGGCAUGGUGUACCUUUCGAACAAUCGCUGCCUUCACAUGGACCUUAGAGCUGCCAGCUGCAUGGUUGGUGAUAAUCAAGUCGUGAAGAUCUUUAACUUCGCCAAAUCGAUAGAGGCAGACGAGUGGGAUAUUUGUGGAACAUACAAAUUUCCUAUCAAGUGGACGUCACCAGAAACGCUCCAGGACGGGAAAUACAAUACAAAUAGUGAGGUGUGGAGCUACGGUAUUAUUAUGUGGGAGGUAUUUUCUAAUGGAACGAUUCCGUAUCCUGGAUGGACAAAUCCCUUAGCAUUGGACAAAGUAAAACAAGGAUAUAGGAUGCCAGCGCCAGAGAACACACCUAACAGCAUUUACCAGCUUAUGUUGAGAUGUUGGGACGCAAAACCAUUAACGAGAAUAACCUUCCAAGAAAUUUGUUCAGCCCUAACACACUUAAUGGACAAUCCACAGAAAGAGGACCACUGGAGUUAGUGGUAAUAGCUUGCGAAUUUGUCGAAAACAAUAAUAUAAAUUAAACACGACUUUUUAAUUACAGAGGAUGGCAGGAAAUUGUGUCGCUAUGUUAAUGAAAUAUAUUUAUAGCGUUCAUUCAAUACAUGAACGAUGUAAAAGGGGACGAGGCUUUCUGUUAAACAUGUCGCUAAAGAAUGCUGCAAACAUGUUUAGGUGAUGUCUAUAAGCAUGUAAAGUGUAGGUAUUUAAGAAUGAUAUCAGGUUUGUUUUUUAAGCACGUCAUUACUAUAUUUCAUAAAGAAUGCUUUAGUUAGUACAAGUGUUGAAUACUGAUACUUUUAUUUAGCGCGGCUUAGAAAACCGGACCAAGCGGCUAGUAUUUAAUAACUCAUCAUUUUAUGUUUCUAUUUUGAAAACAAUCACAAUAAUUCUGAACAAUAGGCCAAAACAAUACGCCACAAAAAAUAACGUCAUAUAAAUAAUCAACGAAUAUGACUUAAAUGUUUCUGUUGGUGACAGCUUUAUCCCAACCAUGUUAUAUAAAGCUAUGUUAAUGUAUUUGGGUAAAGUUCAACAAUAAAUACCUAAUAAUUCGAUAGAAAAACAAAUCAAAAUAUGUCGGACAACCUGUUCAAUAUAAUAUGUAAAAUAUGUAAGUAGUAUAUUGUGCUAUUAUCUUCCAUUAGUGUUUACUCUAUUGUAUUCUUCAAUACAUAUUCUCUUUUUUGUGGUGUCAUAUAACGUUUGGGUACAUAGUAUAGACAUUAAUGCCUGUAUCUUCCAUAUUAUAUAAGUGUAUAUACAUGUGUACUUUUAUUUUGUGUUUUCAUAGUUUCCUUUAUUAAAAUGUGUGCUUUCCAAUAGCGAGAAAAAAUAUAUCA